AAUUGAUCAUGAUGUAAGAAAAUUUCUUACAUCAUGGAAUUUAUUGAAAUAUUAAAAGUACAUUUAUAAUAUAUUAUGAUAAGUAAUCUCUUAAUUGGUGAAUAGAGGAGAUGAUUCCUUAGAAAGUAUUUCUUAAAUCUACGAUCGAUUGAAAGGCAAUAUGAAAAAGGUGCCGAGUAAACGUAGUCUCACAAAAUUGCCACGCUCGCGGCUACCGCAGAAACCGUAUGGAUUCUGUUGCGAGGAAAAGGAUCAGGAUCCUGAGAAACGCUAUGAUAUGCGAAACCCGCCGUUUGCGUCAUCCUUGACGAACGUCGUUCUGGGCAGCGGUGGACCAGGAGUGAAAUUUCACGUACAGGACAUCGGUCCGCCGCCGUAUCCCAUUCAACGCAGGAUUCUCGAGGCUAAAGGUAGAGCUUAUCUGGGACGGUGCAGACGAUGUCGGAGUCCCCUACGAUGGUUCCUCGAGGACGAAAUCGCGCUCGCGCGCGAAUUCCUCGCCAAAGAGAAACGUGACAAUUACAAUGCAACUGUCAAAAGGAAUUUAAUGAUCGCUAAACGCAAGGAGUUCUUUAAAUUAAUAAAGCCAGAGCACGAAGUCGCAAAAAAAGGAAUUUGAAGAUUGACUUCUGAAGUUACCAGAACAAUUCGAGAAAUAAUUUAUAAGUAUGUUCUUCGAGGAAAAAUCCACUAUAUACUACAGCGCUGUAACAAAAUAUUUUA